UUCCCGGCAGCCCCCGCGGUGCCCCGUCUCUUCCGGCCCGGCGGCGGCGGCGGCGAAGCGGCUCCGGUGCGACCAUGGCCAAGUCCAAGAACCACACCACGCACAACCAGUCCCGCAAGUGGCACAGAAAUGGCAUCAAGAAGCCCAGGUCCCAUCGAUACGAAUCUCUCAAAGGGGUUGAUCCCAAGUUUCUGAGGAACAUGAGAUUUGCAAAGAAACACAACAAGAAGGGGUUGAAGAAGAUGCAGGCCAACAAUGCCAAGCAGGCAGCUCAGCAGGCUGCUCAGCAGAAAAAGGACUAAUGGGAUUUAAUUAAAAGAACCAAUUUUCCUAUUA